AGGUGACUAUUCUUCCAUCGAGAAUAAAUCACGCAGAGCUGACCACCGAACUGCCAUUUGGACAGAGACACUAACAAACAUUUAAGAGAGGGACGGACGGGACGUAUGGGGGAAAUUCUCAGGCAGCAGCAGCAGCAGUGUGUCCUCAUCACUCUUCGCUCCUUCUGCCGGUGUUUUGCCGAAAAAACAAAAAGGGGGAUACGUUGGAAAAUUCAUAUUCUCUCAGGCUGGAUUCACUCGUCUUCACCAAUGGAUGGAGUUUAUUCCCCAGCAAGCACAGUGACUUCUUAAAAACUUCUCCCUCUGUGCUGGCUUCUCAUCCUGCAGUCUUCAGGGGGAUGGAUCAUUGUGGGAUGGAUCAGCGGGUGAUUGAUCAGCGGGUGAUUGAUCAGCGUGGGGGUGCAGAGAGCCCCGGCCUGCGGGACAGCGUCAGCCCCGAGGAGCGAGGGGACAGCCCGGCCUCCAGCGGACCCCCGCCCUGCAAACUGAGCCGACCCGAGGUCAACGGGAGCCCGGCAGCUCCCAAAAACAGACAGAACGGGAACCAACUGAGACCCCUGGGAGGGUUGAUGAUCCCGGUGUGCUGCGUGGUGGAGCAUGCAGGCGGGGGGGCGGCGGGGGAGUGUGAGGGACAUGGAGACCGUCACGCUGAGUUUGUGUUGGUGCAUAAAGACGUCCUCUUCACGCAGCUGGUGGAGACGGCCCUGUCCGCUCUGGGAUACUCACACAGCUCAGCUGCACAGGCAAGUGGCAUCAUUAAAGUGGGCCGCUGGAAGCCGAUGCCCGUCCACUUCCUGACGGACGCUCCGGAGGCCACGGUGGCCGACAUGCUGCUGGACGUUUACCACAUGGUCACACUGCGCAUCAUCCUGUACAGUUAUGCUCGUCUGGAGGAUCUUCCCUCGGAGCAGUGGAGCCACGCCACGGUGAGGAGCGCCCUGAAGGAGCUGCUGAGGGAGAGCAACCAGAGCGCGCUCUCCAAGGAGUGUCCUCUCUCACAGAGUAUGAUCUCCGCGAUAGUGAACAGUUCCUACUACGUCAACGUCUCCACCUCGAAAUGCCAGGAGUUUGGACGCUGGUACAAGAGGUACAAGCGCAUCAAAGGUGAAUACAUUGAGAAGAUGUGGCAAGCUCAGGACAAAUCAGAUAUUAAAGUGGAGAGGGAUCUGGACCUGAGCAUCCUCAGCCAGCGCCCCUCGUCUCUCUUGCCCUCCCCCACCCGUCUGCACAGCCCUGGCUCUCUGUCCGGGGACUCUCAUCAGACCUCCACCCUCCAGCCUCACUGUCUGCCCCACCAGCACCACCCUCUACGUCCUCAGGGCCCUCCCCAUCACCUCCUGCCCCCCCAGCUCUCCCCUCAGAUGGUCAGGCAGCAGAUCGCCAUGGCGCACCUCAUCAACCAGCAGCUGGCCGUCAGCCGCCUGUUAGCGCACCAACACCCGCAGGGGGUCAACCAGCAGUUCCUGCACCACCCGCCAAUGUCUCGCUCCUGUAAAAGUUUGGGGUCCGCCUCAGAACCGGGACUCAACUGCUCGGGGGCCGAAGUCUCGUUUGGGAUCUACCAACACGUCAGGAACGAGCUGAAGAGAGCCAGCAUCUCUCAGUCGGUGUUCGCACGCGUGGCUUUCAACCGCACGCAGGGGCUGCUGUCAGAGAUCCUGCGUAAGGAGGAGGACCCUCGCUCGGCCUCUCAGUCGCUGCUCGUCAACCUGAAGGCCAUGCAGAACUUCCUGAGCCUUCCCGAGGGCGAGCGAGACCGCAUCUACCAGGAGGAGAGAGAGAGGAGCACCAACUCCAACCACAACCUGUCAGUCAACCACAUCUCCAGCCCCAUCACACACCGCCUCCCACAGACGAAGUGCAUCCUGUCUGCUGUGGAGCUGCCGCUGAAGCUCGACUCUCAGGGCAACAUCUCGUCAGGAAUCUACGAUGAGAUCCAGCAGGAGAUGAAGAGAGCGAAGGUCUCCCAGGCGCUGUUCGCCAAGGUGGCCGCCAAUAAAAGCCAGGGCUGGCUGUGUGAGCUGCUCAGGUGGAAAGAGAGCCCGAGCCCAGAGAACCGCACCCUGUGGGAGAACCUGACCAACAUCAGGAGGUUCCUGUUCCUCUGUCAGGCCGAGAGAGAUCAGGUCUACGAGGAGGAGUCCAGGCAGCAGCACAGCGAGAGGCUGCACACCGCCCUGCACGUCCCCGAGCAACAGGUGCUCCACAGGCCGCUCCUGCCCCCCCUCACCUCUCCCUCUCCGGUUCAUGAGGACCCUCAGCCCCUUCCUCUGCUGGUCCUUCAGGGCUCAGAGGACGGGUCUCAGAGUGGGAGGAGCCCCGGCCUCUCUGCUGGUUCUGGUUCUGGUUCUGGUUCUGGUUCUGGGGGACAGAAGAAGGCACGGUCCCGGACGCGGAUCUCCCUGGAGGCGCUGGGCACCCUGCAGAGCUUCAUCGGGGACGUGGGGCUGUACCCCGACCAGGAGGCCAUCCACACCCUGUCCGCCCAGCUGGACCUGCCCAAACACACCAUCGUCAAGUUCUUCCAGAACCAGCGCUACAACAACAAGCACCACAACAACAACCAGGUCCUAGGGGAGGAGGAGCGGGGGAGCCCCAACGAGGAGGGGGUCAGAGGGGAGUCUGUGUCUGAGGAGUCUGGAGAGGACGGGGGAGGGUCCGUGGAGGAGGGGAGAACAGAGGGAGGAGGAGAUGUGGAGAAAGAAGAAGAAGAGGGGGAUGAUGGGAAACCCUCGUCCACUCUGUCCCCCUACAGCAGCCUGGACAGCCCCCCCUCUGCAGAGCAGCAGAGAUAACACACUGUGAACACACACACAGAUUACCUGGGAACACACACACACACCUUUACAGAGCUGAGGAUCAGAGCUCGAUAAAAUCUGAGGAGAAUUAUAUAUUUAAGUAAUGUCGGACUGAAAAGGGAUCGGAGACACUUCCAGUAUUUGUGCUUUAACGCUGCCUGAAGACGAGAUUUGACACUCUGCUGAAAUACGUUUUUUUUUUGUUGGGUUACUUUUUCUUAAAUCUGAAAUCUUCUCAAUAUGUUAAAGGUGGUACUCAAAGUCGUCCUGCAGCACAAUCCACUUCUUUUAAAGUUCUGUCAUAGUUUUAUUCAGCACAAAGCUUCAUCACAAUCAUAGUCUUAAUAUAAUAACAUGGACGUUUGUAUUUAGCUGAUAAGGAAUGAUUAUCUCAAAGGACAGGAGAAGUGGAUUAUGCAACACGAGAGAUUUGAGACGUUUAUUUAUGUACGUUUUUUAUGUGGAGUGACGGAGGUUUUCACUGAGGGUGUGAGAAGUAGUCUACAUUUAAUUGGAUUUGACAUGGUCUAACAAUAUAAAACAAAUAGUUUCUGACCAGAAAUGCUGAAAGUCAGGUAUUUCUCUUGGCAAAAAUGUGUCGAAAAGUCCAAUUUGAGGGACAUUUGAGACUUAAUGUGGUCCUUAAGCUCCAUUGAUGCUUCAAAAUGAACAAACAUUCUUUAUACAAAUCAUUUCCCAACAGUUUGAAGUCUUCAGCUAACCUUGUUCUGGUCAGAUAUUAGAAAUAAAUACAAAUUAAAACACUGAAAGAAGCUGAAGUCGUGGUAAUUGCAUCUGGAAGUCGUACCUCAAAUCCUUAAUUACAUAUAUAAAAACGAGCUCUAUGUGAAACUCUCUACCCUCCCUUUUAUAUUUAUUGCUAACUUUAUAUUGACUUAAAUCGGAGUAUUAUUGUAAUUACAUUUUUGCUGUUAUUUUCUUUGAUGUGACAAAAACAGGAUCACAGUGUUACGUUUAUAGGAUCCUUUACGUUAUGAUGUAAAUGUUGACAACGGAUCAGAUGUGGGAUGCAACCACUGUCACUGAUCUCCGUCCUGAUGGAGCACAACGAGUCUCUGAUCUGUUUCCACUUUGAUGUUUAAUCAUUGUUUGAUUCUGUUGCGAGCGGGACAUGAAAUUCUGAUAAAACUUUUACAAAAUGUC